GACGCCCUCUUCUCCCCUCUCAAGAUUGCCAUCGUUCCGACCUCGCUGCUGAUCUGUACUGCCAAUCAUGGGUUCUCAUGUGCAGAAGACUUUGCGUAUUGGCGUCGACGUCGGCGGAACAAACACGGAUGGAGUCAUUAUCGACCCGACGAGGGCCGGGGAUCCCAAUAAGGGGAUUAUCGCAUGGCACAAAGCCCCCACAACUACCAACCCCAGCCAUGGCAUCGCCGCCGCCGUAACCACCAUGUUCGCACACGCCUCCAUAGACCCGGACAGCAUAGCCAGCGUAACAAUCGGCACCACCCACUUCGUCAAUGCAGUAGUAACCCGCGACGCUACCCGCCUCUCCCGCGUCGCCAUCCUGCGCCUCAGCGGCCCCUUCAGCAAGCACGCACCGCCGUGCGUGGACUGGCCCUCUUCGCUUCGAAGCCUCAUCCUCGGCCACUACGCGCUCGUAAAGGGCGGGUUAGAAGUAGACGGUAGCUUGAUCUCAGACAUCAAGGAAGCUGAGAUCGUAGAGCAGUGUAGAAUUAUCAAAGAGAAAGGUAUUAAGAGUAUAGUGAUCAAUGGGGUGUUUAGUCCGAUUGACACGGUUGAGAAGCAAGAGGAAAGGGUGGCGGAGAUAGUGAAGAGGGAGUUGGGCGAGGACGCGGAUGUUGUGCUGAGUAAGACGGUUGCGAAUCUGGGGUUUUUGGAGCGGGAGAACGCGGCUAUUCUGAACGCGUCGAUUCUCUCGUUUGCGAGACGCACGAUUGCGUCGUUCCAGACGCCGAUUAAGAGACUGGGUCUGCACUGCCCGGUUUUCAUCACACAGAACGAUGGCACGAUUCUCUCCGGGGAUGCGGCUGCUCGGCUGCCGAUCCGCACGUUUAGCUCUGGCCCGACGAAUAGUAUGCGCGGCGCAGCUUUCCUCGUUGGGAAGCAAGAGAAGGGUGAAGCGAUGAUGGUUGUUGACGUGGGAGGCACGACGACGGAUGUAGGCCUGUUGCUCGCGAACGGAUUCCCGAGGCAGCAAGCGGCAUAUUCGGAACUGAGCGGCGUGCGGAUGAACUUCUCAUACCCGGAUGUGAAAAGCAUUGGGCUCGGAGGCGGCUCCCUCGUCCGAAGAAUCGACGGCAAAAUGCACGUCGGACCAGAAUCCGUAGGCUACAAACUCCCGGAGAAGGCGCUCGUCUUUGGCGGCGAUGUUCCAACAGCAACAGACUAUACCGUCGCUUCAUCGUCUGAUCUCACAAUCGGCGACCCGGAAAAGGUCAACGGAAAGCUAUCCGAAAACGACAUCUUAGCCUUCCAAUCCGAAACGAAAAGAAUGCUCGAACGCAUAAUCGACACGAUGAAAACCUCACCCGCAGACCUCCCUGUCCUCCUCGUCGGCGGUGGCGCCGUGAUCGCCCCCGACUCCCUCAAAGGCGCAAGCCGCGUUACCAAGCCCGAAUGGUCUGGCGUAGCUAACGCAAUCGGCGCAGCAAUGGCGCGAGUAAGCGCUGUAAUUGAUACAGUGAAGUCCACGGAAAAGAAGACCACGAAAGAGCUGCUGGUUGAGAUUGAAGAAGAAGCGAAGCGAAAGACUGUGGAGGCAGGUGCAGCAGAGGACAGUGUGGAGGUCGUGGAGGUGGAGACGCUGCCGUUGCAAUAUAUUGCGCACAAGACACGUUUUAUUGUGCGAGCGGCGGGGGAUUUCGAUUAUGCGCGGUCGGCGGACUUUGCGAAGCUGCAUAUCAACGACGAAGAGGCGGCGACGGAGGAAGAAACGGCGGAGAACGGCAUUGCGCCACCGUCGAUCGAGGAUACAUCCGCGGAAGAAGUCGCGGGGAUAGAUGUGGAUUUCUCGACUUACAGACCCAAGGUUGUGAAUCGGGAGUGGUGGAUCUCGGAAACGGAUUUGCAGUGGAUAACAAUAGGCUGCUACAUCCUAGGCACCGGAGGCGGAGGCUCACCUUACUCUACCAUGUUACGCGUGCGUGGGAUACUGCGAGCUGGAGGCACCAUACGUGUCGUUAACCCCGACGACCUCAAAGAUGACGAUCGCGUCGGUUGCGGCGGCGGUGCCGGUAGUCCAACCGUGGGCAUCGAGAAACUGAGUGGUGAUGAGAUGAUGCAAGCGCAACAGCAUCUCUACGCCCUCUUCACCGGCGGCCGCGCCACCCACAUCAUCCCGCUCGAAAUCGGCGGCUCCAACGGCCUGCAAGGCCUCGUCCUCGGCGCCUCCCCCAACAUGAACAUCCCCUGCGUAGACGGCGACUGGAUGGGCCGGGCCUACCCGACAAAGUGGCAGACCACGCCCGUCGUCUUCGGCGAGCGCGAGAUCGUCUUCGCCCCGGUGUCCGUCGCUGACGGGAAUGGCAACGUGCUGUAUAUGCCGACUGCGACGAGCGACCUGAAAGUCGAACAGGUGAUUCGGGCUGCGCUGAGCCAGAUGGGGAGCCAUGUGGGGUGUGCGGAUGGCCCGGUUACUGGGGCGGAGACGAGGAGGUGGGCGGUUGAGCAUACGGUGUCGUUGAGUUGGCGGAUCGGGAGGGAGGUCGAGAGGGCGAGGAGGGAGAAUAGGAUUGAUAGUGUGGCGGAGUGUAUUAUUGAUGCUGUCGGUGGGCCGGAGACGGGACGUGUGCUGUUCAAAGGGAAGAUCGUGGGCGUGGAACGGCGGCUGUGGAUGGGCCAUGUGUAUGGCGAAGUCAUCAUCGACGGCAGCGGGGACGCGGGGUUUGCCGGGAAGAUCAAGAUCCCGUUCAAGAACGAGAAUAUCGCCGUGUUACGGAUCCACGAGGGGCAGGAAAGCAAGACGGGCGAAGAGCGGAACGAGGAUGUGUUGGCGAUCGUGCCGGAUCUGAUAUCGGUGAUUGACGCGCAGAAUGGAGAAGCGAUAGGGACGCCCGAGUAUCGGUACGGCUUGUUGGUGCUUGUGAUUGGGAUCACGGCGAGCGAGCGGUGGACGAGUCCGAGGGGUGUUGAGCUUGGAGGGCCGAAGUCGUUCGGGCUGGAUCAUUUAGAGUACAAGCCGCUGGGGAAGUUCGUGAAGCCCGUGAGUGUUAUUGAUGAGUAUGACGGCAAGGCAUAAACCCUAGACUAGAAUUAACGGUUUCAGAAAGGAGGGAGAGCAUCGGAGAAUCUGAAGGGUUCAAA